GCAAGAGGAGGCAGCAGCAGCAGCAGCAGCAGCAAGCUGAUGUAGGUGUGUGUGAGUCGUUGGGGAACUUGUGUUUAGUGUACGACAGGGCCCAGCGUCCGCAUCAUCUCAAUCUUCAACAACAAAUUUCUACUGUAUCUUCACCAACAAUACCCUCCAACACACAAACAAAAUGUCAGAAAUCACUGUGACAGACAAACUUCCCAAUAGCUGCGCCAGCCAGAGUGUCAGCAGUUCCAUGAUCAGGUGUGGAGAAGGCUACUCUAAGGGAACGUUUUGCCAUCAUCUGCCAAAGUUAGAUGAUCACACAACUAGACAAGGUCCUAGGAAGGAGAUGGCUUCAUUUGCAGAGUCAGUUUUGUUCUUCUUUAGUUACUUGGCCUAGUUAAAAAUGAGAAAGAUUGUACAGUGAACCCCCUGUGUUCGUGUUCUCGGGACUCGCGGACUCACAUAAUCGUGGAUUUCUCUAUGGACCAUAUCUACCCAUUAUUCGCAGGAAAUUCUGGUAUUCACAGUAUUUUUCCUUGAGAAAUAUCCACAAAUUCAUGUAUUUUUUAUCAACUUCAUCAUAAAGUGCACUUUUUGUGAUAAAACUAUUAAAAAAAACAGCUAUAAGCAUUUAUGGUGGGGUUUUCUUGAGAUUUUAUUGGGGUUUCAACUACAUAUUUGCGGAUUCUAGUUAUUCGUGGGGGCCGGUCUGGUACGCAACCCCCUGCAAAUAUGGGGGGAACAUUGUAAUUUGGGCAAAGAAAUGACUCGGUGAAAGUUGCAUGCCAUCUUAUCCCUCUUGUUUAUUUUACAUGUUGAGUCUCCCAACCAAGAUUAAAGUAGAGAUUUUUGUUUGUUUGUAAGAGGUUUCUUCAGUUGUGGUGAAGUCUCACACAUGAUCAGUCUACUGCUUGGAUGGUUUUCAACUGCAACUGCAGCCUUAUCUAGCAUCAAGGCAUUAACAAAAGUGGAAGGGUCAGCAUGUCAUCAGCUGGUGAGCCUCCAACAUCUCAGUCUUUUACAUCAUUUUGGAUUGCUGGUCCAGGUUCUCCCUCCACUCCAGUUGUUGGUAACCCUGUGGCCAAUCCUGUUCCCUCUUCAGAUAUGGGAAAUCUUGGAGGAGCAGGUACAAACAACACAGUCCCAGCAAAUAUGUCACAAGACAUCACAACAAUGGCCAACGCUGUGCCUCAUGAUGAUUUUGCAAAUGGCCUGUCCGAACCACAAACUAAUCAACAACCAAGACAGGAACCUCAAGCUAUAGUAGAAGUAACACCAGUAGAUUCGGGCAUUGAGGCUCGACUAGAACCUCGCUUGGAGACUCACUUAGAAACUCGCUUAGAGCCUCACCUAGAACCCCGUCUUGAGGCCCGGAUAGAGUCUCACAUGGAAACUCAAAUUGAAGCCAUUGAAACACGAAUAGAAACACAUUUAGAACCUGCUCAGGUGGAUCACCAGAGUCAACAGAGUCAGUCAGAGAUUUCUGAUGGAAAUGCACAGGCCUGUUCCAGCGGAGCUCCAGCCAAGUAUUUUGCUGCAACUGUGGAGGAACCAGAUGAAACAGUUCUUGAAAAGAAAAAGAUUAAAGUUCAGAGAAGACGACUUUCACCUUCACACAGAGAAAUGAUCAUUGAUCUUGUAUUUAAUGAAAAGAAAACGUCAAGAGAGGUUGCGAGAUAUAUGGGUCUGCCUCAGUCUACAGUUAUGUCUGUUGUACAAGUGUUUAAGAAAGAGCACAGAAUACACAAGAAGACAGCUACCGGAAGGAAACGACGUCUUACCACAGCUCAGGAGUUCCAGUUGUUUGAGAUGUCACAAGAAAGAGACAAUAUAUCUGUUGAUGAGAUAAGAAAUCGCUUCCUCCAACAGUAUCCUGAAUUUGGUCACAUAUCAAAAACAACUAUUUAUCGAACACUAGAAAGAGGGAAGAAAGGACUAAUAGGUAUGGAUCCACCUCCUGAACGAUAUCUUGAGCCCAUAGAAAGAUACAUAUUAUGGGGAUCCAAGAAAAGAGGACGGCCCAAAGUAGUAGUUUCUAAGACUGGAGGCUCGGAAAGUUCAAAUAACCACAUCUUGCUAGAGCCUAGUGUAAGCAUAAUGGAGGAGAGUGGUCCAAUUGAAACAAGUUCCGUUGACAAAGACAUCAGCAGGCAGAGAAGAUCACUUUCUAUUGCUGAGAGAGAAAUGAUUAUUAGUUUAUUCUUCAAUGAAAAUAGAACUAUCAGAGAAGUUGCUGAUUUUAUGCAUUUAGCCAAGUCCACUGUCUCGUCAGUAGUUCAGGUUUUUAAAAAGGAACACAGGAUACAAAGGAAAACAUCAACGGGACGAAAGAAAAAAUUGUCAGAUGACCACGAACAAAUGAUAAUGGAUAUACUAUCACAAAAAGAGGAUAUUACAAUAGAAGAGACAAGAAAUAGGUUCCUUUCUUUAAAUCCUGAAGUUCCAAACAUAAGCAAGAGUACAAUAUACAGAAUAAUGGAAAACUGUCAAUCAAAAUUGAGAGCCAGAUCUGACAUGGAAGUGUUUGUUGGUGUUUUUGUUCAUUCCACAGAUGAGACUCCUAUGGUUAUUUUAACUGAUAUGGUUAUGGGGGUCUUGAAUACUAAGAUUGAGUUCAUGGAAAGUGUUGAGGAACUAGAUCACCUAAAAGCAGAGUAUGGUUUUACGGAUUCUAAUAUCCACUAUAUGACUCCUAGUCAGUUUAUGAUGCCUGGUUUGAUCGACACACACAUCCAUGCUUCCCAAUUCCCGAACAAUGGUGUGGCUAUGGACCUACCUCUUUUAGAGUGGCUGCAAACCUACACGUUUCCUACUGAAGCAAAUUUCUCUGAUACACUUUUUGCAAGAGAAGUUUACAGUAAAGUUGUGGAAAGAUUGUUAAGGAAUGGUACUACGACGGCUGCUUACUUUGGCACUAUUCACUUGGAAGGUUCCAAAAUAUUGGCAGAUGUAGUACAUGAUAAGGGUCAACGCGCUUUGAUAGGGAAAGUCAAUAUGAUGAGGAAUUGUCCAGAAUAUUAUCGUGAAAUGAGUGUUCAAGAAUCUAUUAGAGAUACUGAAGAAUUUAUCAGAUAUGUCAGAGGUAUUCAGUCCCCACUGGUACAUCCAAUUGUUACCCCAAGAUUUGCACCCACCUGUCCUGAAGAUCAGUUGGCCUCUUUGGGUCAACUUGCUGCCAAAUAUGGUUGUCACAUACAGUCUCACUUAGGUGAAACUCAGCCGGAAUGUAAUUGGGUCAAAGAACUUUUCCCUUGGGCAAAAUCUUAUACUGAUGUUUAUGAUAGUAUGAGAUUACUUAGUGAAAAGUCUGUGAUGGCCCAUUGCAUAUGGUUAACAGAUGAUGAAAUUUACAUCUUGCGAGAAAGAGGAGUUGGUGUGGCCCAUUGUCCCAAUUCAAAUAUAUCCGUUCGAUCUGGUUUGUGUGAUAUUCGCCGCCUAUUGAAUCAUGGUCUCAAAGUGGGCUUAGGAACAGAUUGCUCAGGUGGAUAUAGUGCCUCAGUUUUAGAUGCCCUUCGCCAAGCAUUGCAAGUUUCCAAUGUCUUAGCUCUUGACAGAGACCAAGAUUAUCAGCGAUUAACAUAUAAAGAAGCUUUUCGGAUGGCAACUUUAGGGGGUGCAAAAGUGCUGAAUAUGGAGGAUAAGAUAGGAAAUUUUGAAAUUGACAAAGAAUUUGACUGCUUGUUAAUUGACGUAUCUGCCCCUGGGACAGCCGUGGAUGUCUUCAGUAAGGAUACAAUAGAAGACAAAAUUCAAAAGUUCCUGUAUACUGGUGAUGACCGAAACAUUGCUCGUGUGUAUGUUGCCGGCCAUAGGAUCCUUGACCUGCACAAUAAAAACCUCCACUAAUAGAAUUACUCAAAGCAUUGAGUUUCCUGCAUCUCAGUAGAUUUAACUACUGACCUGCCUUGUUGACGAUAUUCGUCAGUUAAUCCAAGAAAAAUGAGAAACUGUCUUAUUUUUCUUUCACCUCAUAAUGCAAAAAGCAGUGGCUAUGUGCUGUUUGCAUAUUUCAGAUGCCAUAUAGAAAUACUAUUUCAAUAAAUGAGAAAGAAAAAUGAUCUUCGCAUGAUCAAAGUCUGUGCCACAUAUCUAUUGUUACUCUUUGGGGUACCUGUACAGUUUUGGGUUACACAAGUUUACAAGACACUUCCUGGAACCUUGUAAGUUACACAUGUUCUUGGGCUUGGAAAAGCAAAAUAAAGCAGCUAUAUGAAAAUGUAGUUUUUCCAAACUGGAACUUUAGUGACAGGAAUAUUGUUGCAUUCCCCUCGUUAUAUAUAAAUUUGUAAUGGUACAGUAUAUAGUAAUUUUCCUUUAAGUGCAUUUCCAUGAAAAUUUAUAUCCAAGUUACGGUAAGGGUGACUACGUACUACCAAAACUAUUUUUGGAAAUAUUGCUUUGCCUUAAUAGAAUAUAAUAAAAAUGAAAUCCACCUGAAAACUAGGUUCCUGUGUCAGAGGAUGAAAUGAAAGUGAGUGGUUGGUCAUCUUUGUGAUAUUAAAGUUGUGUUUAUUUUAAGGUGUAAUGCAUUCUGCAGGCAGCUACAUUAAUUUUAUGCAUAAUAAAAUGUAUUCCAAUUUCUUUUGAUAUUUAAAAUGUUAGUUUUUGCAUUUUCUUAUAACCAGUAUUAUAAAAAUGAUUUGUACCAGUUUCAGAACAUGAAAUUGAUUAAAAUCUUGUAUAUGAGAAGUUUUCACACUUUUCUAUCUGAUUACUUUUUACAGUUCAUAUUUAAAGAUUUAUUUAUUUUUGUAUGUAUGAUUUUGACCUGUUUAUGAUAUCCUAAAUGCAAAUAACUUUUGAGAAUAUUUCAUACUCUAUUUAUUGAUUAUAUUAUCUUGGACUACUUUUGAUUGAUACACUUUUGCAAAAAAAAAAUUUAGAAUUAUCCUUUUUGCUCAUAAAUUUUUCAUGUAAAGACUACAAAACUUUUUAUGAUAAAAACAUUAGUGCAUUCUGUUCUUGCAUUGGAAGUAAUUAUUUUUACUGAUGAUGGGUUUACCAUAUAAGUAUACCUGUAAUUCAAAUGUUCCACAUAACAUCUAAAUGUAUCAAUCAGUGUCAAAAGUAUUAUACUGGCUAUCUAAAAGGUCAGUCACACCAGUUUCUGUCAUACUGUGAUCCACCUUAUUAACAUGUCCAGGAAUUUUUUUUUGAAUUUUUUUAUAUUGACAGCAUUUCUUUAGAUUUCAUAUUUGCUGAUGCCUUUAUCUCAGGAAUCUUCUUACCUCUACUAUUAAAUGUCUAAGGCUAGGCCAUGUAAGAUCCAGCUAAGCUAGGUUAUGUAGCAUAUAACUCUUGUCUUCCCAUUUUUUUUUUUUUUUUUUUUUUUUUUGCAGCAUGAUGAAUAUGUUUGCAUUCCUUGCUUGGUAUUUUUGAUGUGAUACUAUCAUGACAAAGUCUUCUCUAGGUGUCAGUAAGGUGAAUUGCACCCAAGACUUGUUUAUGUACAUGCCAAUAUGAUGAAUGUGCCCAAGACAUACUUUGUAACUUUAUUUCAUAUUGGGAUUCAGAACUAUGUCUUUCCAUAUGAGUUAAUAACAGCCGUUUCUGAGCCAACAGAUUUUAUGUAUGAAACAAUUUUCCUUUCCUUAUUUCCCAUUACCUUCUGUUAUUUCUUUCGAAUGAGUGCCACAUUCUUUGGAAGCUUGAAUUUCAAGUCAUUGGCCUGUAUGGGCUUGUUCCAUAUGAAUGGGUUCAUCUUCUGAAUAAUAAUAAUAACAAUAAUAAUAUAAUAUAUAACCACCUUGCUUUUGUUACCCAUGGAAAAAUAUCAAGAACAUGCCUUUUCCAUUGAGGAGGAAAAUAACUUUCUGAGAUUAUAAAAUGCUGGUUGUGAGUACGUAUUACUUUAGCAAUUCUGCAUUUGUUUUAUUAUAAAAUAAGGCCAUUUUUUGCACACAAAUUUAAGGAUGCCAAUAAAGUUUACUUUGAAAAAUUGUUCGCAUUUAUUUUAGUAUUGCUAAGUAUGUCAAAUUCAUUGACAAAUCAAACUGGUUGUGUAGUCCUGACCUCUUUCAGACAGGUAUAUUCUCUUGACCCAAGAGCAGUAAUAGAAUUCCAUAGUGCCAACUGGAUAUGCUGUAGUUAAGAAUAUAAUCCAGCAUUUUCCUACUUUAUUAUGCAAUUUGUAAAAUGAAAUGUGCUUGAUAUCUAUUCAUUAGAUAUAAAAUUUUAUCUUUUAAAAUAAAAAAAUUUUGUA